CUCGUGAAUGUUUUUCAAACUUUUAGGGCGCGGACGCUAUAUAUUUAAAAUGGGCAUAUGCUUUCAUACUCUCCCCAGCCAUGCGCGCCCCGUGGAAGUUGCGCUCGUCUUCUCCCCAUCUCAUUUAUGAGCGCUCUCUGGGUCUUAACGAACUGCAUUUCUACUUGCGCGGUCGAGUUCUUCACGGGGCUACAGAUAGCGCGCUCUCAGUGUGUUUCGAGGUAGCAAAGGAUGAAAAUUUCUUAAUCACCGAAGAAACCGUGGGCAACGCUUGGGUGUUUGCAAAGCAGAUGUACCCUCUCCUCGGUGCACAGGUAGAAACCGUCGGGGACAGGGACGAAGACGUGCAUUUCGUCGUAGAUGAGCGUCGACUCAAAGUGCACAUCUCCGGAGAGGUGAUCUUCAUGACGGUCCCAUCCUUUAGCGAUGUGGAUGCAACGGUAGAAAAUAUUCUUAAUCAAGAGCGGAUCCUUGACGAUUUUCAUCUCGUCCGACUUUUCGUCUUCAGGCAAUCCGAUCAGAAAAAUUGUUUUCACAUCGUCAUCCAUGCUGCCCACUGCGUAAGCGAUGGGAUCUCCCACUAUACUGUCGCACGGACAUUGCUUGCUUUCUUAUCUUCUUCGUCCCCACCCGUUCCACCCCGUCUAUCGAAGAGGCUAGCGUUAUCGCUCGCGACUGAUGACCUGUAUCCUGUCAGAAAUCUCAAUCUCGCUACCCAGCGGUGGCACAAAGCCAUGGCCCAUGUCAUUGCUUCUAUUCGAUCCGCAAAAUUCAGCACCGGGGGUCAAACACUCCCCGGAAAUGUCGCCGUCCACAUGAACGAGAACCCUGUUGACUCUCGCACGACGGUACUUUAUUUUACCGCUGAAGAAACACUCCGCGUUAUGGAAAUAUGCCGGAAUCACGGAUUAUCAUUUGGGAACGUUUAUGUCGUACUUGGUCAGAUUUCCAUGGGCCGUCUGCUUUGUAGGAGGUAUGUUCAAGGUUUGAUGACAGAGGAGGAAUGGGAAUUCAGGAAGAUGGAACCUACAUACACGACGGGCCCAAUUAAUGUAAGGCCGUACUUGGACCGCGAGUGGUAUACCCAUGGAGGCGCCAAAAAUCCGAUGCUUUCGAUAGGGUUCUAUCUCUACCCGAUGUCAUUUGUUCCACUAAAGCCAGAGGGUGCUCAUUCGACAUUUGACGUUCUCUUGUCACGUCAACGCUUUUGGUAUAGGUGUAGGAAUAUGCAAAAACGCGCCAAUAGUCUUCUGAAGCACCCAUUGUUUCUCGACAUCGGCUCGGUUCGUUACCCCCCGAUGAUCAAGAUGUUAAAGGAGUUGUUGUCCAAAGCGCAAACAUCAUAUUCAAAAGAGGAAGAUCUCUCUAUUUCCGCUAUUGAUCAGGCAAAGUUUGGCCUGGUGCCUUCGUUCGGUGGCUCUAGCUUCGGAAGCGUUGAUAAACUCCUCCCGCACGAGUUUUCGGAUCCAGUAAGCGGGAAAACUUCUCGAAUCCACCUACGUUGCUCCGGUGUACGUCUUCGAUGUCGUCCCGGGGAAAUUUACCUCGGAGCUUCGACAUUUCGAAACGAGCUCGGAUUGGUGGUCUAUUGGGAUAACAAUGUCACCGACAAAACCGUUAUCGAAGAGUGGUUACAAGAAGUGAAAAGGGCGACAUCAUAUUAUUUCUUAGAGAGUAGCCGUGAGUCGAAGCUGUGAAAGAUUCUAAGUUACAUACAGACAUACAAAUGCAUCUGACUUUAUCACGAAUGACAACAGAUACUAUUCAUGUUUUUGCUGUUAACCAUGAACCCCCGCAAACGCACCCAGGUACCCAUUUCCUCUCCCAGGUUCUCCAACGAUCAGAGGAACUAGCUCCAGACCUC